GAAUGGUAAACGUUAUUAGUAUUUUAUUGCUCUUCGGGCUGGUCGUUAAUAUUGCCUCGGAUUCGAAGUAUCCCGAUGUCCUGCAAAGCUACGAAUAUGUGAAGCAACUGCGGCCGCUGGGAAAGGAGUUCACUCAGUUCUACCAAAAUGUUACUCUGGAAAGAUUGGGCUUAUUCGAGUCCGAGGUUUCCAGUCCACAGGAUCUCUUAUGUCUGGCGGACUUGGAAGCUUUAAUAAAUGGUUUCUCAUCCAACCAGUCUUGGGCAUUUAGGAUAUUUGCUUAUCUUCUAGUGAUCGAUUCAUGGGGUUCCAUUCCCUCCGGAGUUCUGACCGGCAACAUCUGGGACUUGGGAUACUUUGAUGAAUGCCUGUCAAUUAACCAAGUUAUAAGCAGCAGUCAGAAAAUAAGCGGAAAGUACUGUUUUCUCAUUGCCAAUAGCUUGAGAAUUGCCACUUGUUUUCCGGCUUCAUGUUCGUCCACUCAAAUGGAACUUUUUGUAAAACAACUUGUGCAAAAAAACACUCAAUUUAAUAGCACUAGCAUAAGUAUGAAGAUCAGUGAGGCGAGUUGCCAGACAAGUGCUGGUGAACCUUGGGAUGGACUGACUAUUUUCACCAUAGUGCUUCUAUCCGUGAUGGGUGUAAUUGUGACAUUGUUUACAUUUUAUGACUACUUUUUGUGCAAGGAUCAAAAUCAAAUUCCAGCUGUGGUAAGGGCUUUCUCCGCUCGGGCCAACUCCCGAACACUUUUCCGUAUCGAGCCAAGCAAAUCGAACCCCAAUGUGAUCGAGUGUCUCCAUGGCAUCCGCUGCAUGUCACUUAUUUGGGUCAUCUUCUCCCACGAAUACAUAUUCAGUUUGAAAUCCCCCAAUUUAAAUAAAUUGGAAUUAUAUUCGUGGGCUGUGGAACCCUUUGCCAGUUUUGUGCUUCAUGGAUACUUCUCAGUAGACUCAUUUUUCGUCCUUGGAGGCUUACUAGUCUCAAUGAUUGUUCUGCGUUCCAUGGAGAAAUCUGGUGGAAGACUUAACCCGCUAAUGAUGUAUCUGCAUCGGAUUAUACGCAUCUUGCCAGUCUUAGCAGUUGCCAUAAUUGUCUACAUGACAAUGAUGACCGUUGUCAGUGGUGGGCCAUUGUUCAAAAGUGGGUACCACGGCAAAGAGGCUUGCGAAAAUGGAUGGUUUUGGACUUUGCUUUUCAUCCAGAACUACGCGGUCUUGAACAUUUGUCUGGAUCACACUUGGUACUUGGCGGUGGACAUGCAGCUGUAUAUAAUCGCCCCAAUCCUCCUAAUUUCUCUCUACAAAUGGGGCAAAAAAGCGGCUGCUGGUAUUGCUGUACUUGUGGUUUUGCUCUUGGGCUGCCUCUUUGCCACCCAAAUGGUCAACCACUACUCGCUGCUCAUAAGGAAUACCGCUGGGGACGACGGGGUUCCCAGCCAGAAGUUGUACUUGGCCACGCAUGUUCACGCUGCUCCUUGGCUGAUUGGAUUCCUGUUUGGCUAUUUUCUGCAUCUGAAUCGGGGCAAGAAAUUCGAGUUGAACUGGCUAGCUGUGUGGUCGGGUUGGAUCCUCAGUCUGGCAAUGCUCCUCACCUCGAUCUUUGCCCUUUAUCCGGCGGCCCAGUGGAGUGCUCCGCCUCUGUCCACGCUGGAGGAGUCCCUAUACUACACCCUCACCCGAUUGGCUUGGCCUUUGGCCAUUUGCUGGGUGAUUUUCGCCUGCAUGCAGGGAUAUGGUGGUCUGGCCAACAGUUUCCUCUCAACGCCGUUGUGGCAGCCACUUUCAAGACUCUCCUACUCUGUGUAUGUCUGGCACAUGUUCGUCCAAGAAGUGAACAGCAGAAAUUAUAGGACGAACACAUAUUUCUCCAACUACUCUGUGAUGGAGCAUUUCUGGAUGGAUUUUGGCUUUACCCUGUUGAUGUCCUACCUCUUGUAUCUUAUCAUCGAAGCGCCUUUGUGUGGCUUUGAUAGUCUUAUCCGACCACGAAGGGUACCUUCUGCCACCAACCAACCAGCACUUAUUUCAAAUCAGAAUGAUGACUUAGAGACCAGAAAACCAGAUGAUCAAAAUGUGUCUGAAACGAGCCCACUUGAAAAUGCCACGUUACCUCAAGUUAGCAUGGUCAAUUUAGUAAGUUUUAUUUUGCCCUUUGGGCUCCUUCUCGUUAGCGCAGAGCAACCCGAAGAUAAAAGUAUCCUACAAGGAUUUCAGGGUCUUAAAAAACUCAAGCCACUAGGUAUUGAGUUUGCCGAAUACUUUCAAAAUGUAACGCUGAAAGAUUUGAGCCUUUCCGACUCCUCAUUGCCAACUCAGGAGGAUUUGCUGUGCCUCAGUGAUAUGGCUCAGUUUAUGUUUGCUCUUCAAUCUGGCCAACUUUGGGCAUUGAAAAUGAUUGACUCUUGGGGCUCGAUACCCUCUGGUUUAUUUACGGGCAACAUAUAUGACCUGGGCAACUUUGACGAAUGCAUCAAUAUUAAGAGGGACAACAUUCGUGGAAAGUACUGUUUCUUGGAAGCUUACCCCAGUAAAAUUUUGGGCUCUGAGAGUGCCGUAAGUGGAUUUUUAAAAAUGAAGACAGCAACGUGUUUUCCGGCCUCCUGCUCAGCCAAACACAUGAACAAGUUUGUGGGUUCGAUAGUGCAGAGACUUCUAAACGUGAACAUUCCCAGCACAGUCAUGAGUAUCAGCGAUAGUUCUUGUCAGACCAGUGAGAAAGAACCCUGGAACGCCCUUACUAUUUUAACUAUAGUAAUCAUAUCAUUGAUGGCGUUCAUUGUGGCAUUUUUCACCCUGUACGACUAUUUGUUGUGCAAGAAUCAAGAUCAGCUUCCCCUGAUUGUCAAGGUGUUUUCGGCCAGGGCCAACACGCGUGCUUGUUUCCGCAUCGUGCCGAACAAGUCAAGGCCGAAUGUUAUCCACUGCCUCAAUGGAAUUCGUGGCAUGUCUCUUUUCUGGGUGAUUUUUCUCCAUCAAUACAUGAACGUGUUAUAUUCACCAAAUAUUAAUCGUUUCAGUAUUCUUCCGUGGUUGCGGACGCCUUUCACGAAUUUUUUUUUGCACGGACAGUUCUCAGUGGAUUCGUUUUUCUUUAUCGGCGGCUUGUUAGUGUCUCUAAUUGCGCUGCGUUUAAUGGAUAAAACUAAGGGCAAACUUAAUGUGCCUAUGAUGUACCUACGCCGCUUGAUUCGUAUUGUCCCCAUUUUGGCCAUGGCUAUACUAGUCUACACUCAGCUAACAGGAGUUCUCGGAGACGGGCCUCUUUUCAAAGGUGGAUACAAUGGAAAAGCGUCAUGUGAAAAAUCCUGGUAUUUGACUAUGCUUUUUGUGGUUAACUUUGCGAACGACAUGUGUCUUGAUCAUACCUGGUAUCUGGCGGUGGACAUGCAAUUAUUUCUCAUUUCUCCGAUUCUGCUGUUCGCUCUGUACAAAUGGGGCAAAAAGGCUGCUGCUGGUAUUUUCGUUCUCAUAGUACUACUUUCUGGAUGUCUCUUUGCCACUAUGAUGGUCAACCACUACUCAAUAACGAGCCUUGAUCUCAGUCUGCAAAAGCAGAUGUACUUCUACACACACACUCAUGCUGCUCCCUGGCUGAUUGGAUUUUUGUACGGGUACUUCCUGUACUUGAGUAAGGGCAAGAAGUUCCAGCUGAGCUGGAUUGCGGUUUGGUCCGGUUGGAUUCUUUGCAUGGCCAUGUUGUUUACAUCGAUCUUCGCUCUUCAAUCGGCACUUCAAACAUUUGUUCCGCAAGUGACCACCUUGGAGUUGUCAUUGUAUUAUACCCUGACCCGAGUGGGUUGGCCAUUGGCAAUCGGUUGGGUGGUCUUCGCCUGCAUGCAAGGAUACGGAGGUCUGGCCAACAGUUUCCUCUCCUCUCCGCUGUGGCAGCCCAUUUCAAAACUCUCGUACUCCGCCUACAUCUGGCACAGUUUCAUCCAACAGAUAAACCAAAGGAUAACCAGGACAAACACGUACUUCUCGGACUACCAAGUGAUGCUUCAAUUCUGGUCGACCCUUGGAUUGACACUGCUGUUUUCCUAUUUACUGUUCCUGCUUAUUGAGGCGCCAAUUGGUGGACUUGAUAUGCUUUUACGGCCUCAAAAGAAGGCACCAGCUGAGAUGAAAACGACGACGGAAUCGGAUCAGGCUAAGAAGAAUCAAAUUGAUGAUGACGAUUCAACAAGUCAAAGCGAGCCGAAAACAACUGAGUCCAAUACACAAACAGCAACUGAUUAAAUACUCUCAUUAUACCCUUGCAGAGGGUAUUAUAAUUUCAGUCAGAAGUUUGCAACGCAGUGAAGGAGGCAUUUCCAACCCUAUAAACUACAUAUAUUCUUGAUCAGCAUCAAUCUAGCCAUGUCCGUCUGUCUGUCCGUCCGUCUGUCCGUCUGUCCGUUUGUCCGUCUGUCCGUCCGUUUCCACGCUAACUAGUCCCUCAGUUUUAAAGCUAUCUGCAUGAAACUUUCCCAAAAGUUGUCUUUCUAAUGCAGGUAGUAUAUGAGUCGG